UUGAAUCACUAAUCAACACACCAGCUUUCCGGGCCUGACGCGACCCUUGUCUCGGGCCUCUCGGAAUCGUACAGCCGCCCAGCCCCGCACCUGCGACGUGGCAGUCCAUAGUGGAGCCUCCUUGCCUCGGUCCAGGUCCAGAUGUCCCUGUGUCAUGGCUGCCCCAGCAUUAGGGGACCCCAGGACCCUGUGAUUGGCGCCUGCGCCUGCUGACGGUGACGGAGGAGCCCCCCCUAGGGACUUGGGCAUUGCUUGUGCUUGGUGAUCUUGCAUUAGUCUUUAUCUCUUCACAUGAUACCUGGCAUUCGGUAAAUGUUGAAUUUGAAGAGACAUAUGGGCAAUGAAUCUGGAAGGGUGAGUUGAAGCCAGACUGUAAACGUUGUUGAAUGGUAAACCAAAAAAAUUUUGACUGACUUUUUUCCAAUAGGCAAUGAGUUUAAAAUAUUAAUUCUAGCAUUACUGUAGAGAGUAGAUUAGAUAUAAGGAGAGACUGAAGGAAGGGAUAUUUGUUAGGAGACAGCAGAUAUCUCAGAUUCUUCCCUGUAUACGUCAAGUUGAAUGCAUAAGACCGUUUAGGUUAGUGGUUCAUAAAUUUUUCCACCAGGACCAGUUAAAGGUUCCCAUGCCUGGCAUUCACAAAUUAAGAACCACCUCAGGAAUUCCCUGGUGGUCCAAUGGUUAGGACUCGGCACUUUCACUGCCCAGGCCUGGGUUCUAUCCCUGGUCGAGGGAACUAAGAUCCUACAAGCUGCAUCAAAAAAAAAAAAAGAACCACCUUUUCCUAUCUUUAACUCUAUUCCCUUUUCUCCUACUAAUCCAGGACAGAUGUGUCAAGAUACUCUGAGAAGUACUUGCCUUGCAAAUCGUUCAGGACUGGGUAUGAUGGCAGUUCUCGUGAUGAGUUAGUAGGGGAGAACAUCCUUGGUCCUACAGUGUUGCUGACACUGACAUUUUUCUAAGUGGUCUUGAACUGCCUACUUUUUAUGUAAAUAACUGGCUAGACUUCAUAUUUUUCACUACAGAAGCCCAUAACCUGCAGUUGCUAGAGAUUUUAAAACACUGCUUUUCGGAUAUCAUCUAUAUUUAACUUGAAAGCUCUUCCUUUCUUAUUCCAAAAUGUUGAGAUACUGGGGAGAGAUACCAAUCUCAUCAAGCCAGACCAACAGAAGUUCCUUUGACUUGCUCCCUCGGGAGUUCCGACUGGUAGAAGUCCAUGACCCACCCCUGCACCAACCCUCAGCCAACAAGCCCAAGCCUCCCACUAUGUUGGAUAUCCCCUCAGAGCCAUGCAGCCUCACCAUCCAUACCAUUCAGCUGAUCCAGCACAACCGACGUCUGCGUAACCUCAUUGCCACAGCUCAGGCCCAGAACCAGCAACAGACAGAAGGUGUAAAGACCGAAGAGAGUGAGCCUCUUCCGUCGUGCCCUGGGUCACCUCCUCUUCCUGAUGACCUCCUUCCUUUAGAUUGUAAGAAUCCCAGCGCCCCAUUCCACAUCCGGCACAGUGACCCAGAGAGUGACUUUUAUCGUGGAAAAGGGGAACCUGUGACUGAACUCAGCUGGCACUCCUGCCGGCAGCUCCUCUACCAGGCAGUGGCCACAGUCCUAGCCCACGCAGGCUUUGAGUGUGCUAACGAAAGUGUCCUGGAGACCCUAACUGAUGUGGCACAUGAGUAUUGUCUUAAGUUCACCAAGUUGCUGCGCUUUGCUGUGGAUCAGGAGGCCCGGCUGGGGCAGACUCCCUUCCCCGACGUGAUGGAGCAGGUUUUCCAUGAAGUGGGUAUUGGCAGCGUGCUCUCCCUCCAGAAGUUCUGGCAGCACCGCAUCAAGGACUAUCACAGUUACAUGCUGCAGAUUAGUAAGCAGCUCUCUGAAGAGUAUGAAAGGAUUGUCAAUCCUGAGAAGGCCACAGAGGACACUAAACCUGUAAAGAUCAAGGAGGAACCUGUGAGCGACAUCACCUUCCCUGUCAGUGAGGAACUGGAGGCUGACCUUGCUUCUGGAGACCAGUCACUGCCCAUGGGAGUCCUUGGGGCUCAGAGUGAACGCUUCCCAUCUAACCUGGAGGUCGAGGCUUCACCACAGGCUUCAAGUACAGAAGUAAAUGCUUCACUUCUUUGGAACUUGGCCCACGUGAAAAUGGAGCCGCAAGAGAGUGAAGAAGGCAACGUCUCUGGGCAUGGCGUGCUGGGCAGCGAUGUGUUCGAGGAGCCCAUGUCAGGCAUGAGUGAAGCUGGGAUCCCCCAGAGCCCUGAUGACUCAGACAGCAGCUACGGCUCCCACUCCACUGACAGCCUCAUGGGGUCCUCCCCUGUUUUCAACCAGCGCUGUAAAAAGAGGAUGAGGAAAAUAUAAGGCAAAGAGGGAGAGUUUCUCUCCAGACCUACAAGACCCAACAGAAAACCUUGAUGUAUUCUAAUUCGUUUCCAUAAACAGUGAUUUGACUUUUAUUCUUAAACACAGUGGAUUUUCCUGAUAUCAGUGGAACUGGAUUUAACCAAAUAAGUCUGCUUUUUCCUUUUGCCUCCAGUUUUUGUAGUUUUCCACAACCAAGCUACCUUUCACAGACAUCAUGACACUGGGAUGGUAAUCCAGAGACCAAAGCACUGUCCCUGACAUCUACUGUGUGACUAGACAAGUGACUUAGCUUCUCUAGAGCUGUUUCUCUUGCACAACUGAGAAGAAUCAUACUGCUUUUACCUACCUUGCAGAGAUAUUAUGAAGAUGGAGAUGUUGUUAAGCCUCAAAGCUGUGCUUGAAUAGACUCACAAGUAAAUAUAUGCUGGUAUCAGAUGUCAAUUUUUUUUUAACUUGCUUCAUUUUUGGUCGAAGUCCUUGGGAAUCCAGUGCUAAUACCUAAUAGGAAAUAGCUAAACAUUGCAUAGCUUAUCUAUCAGUAGUCUUGUUUUCAAACUGUUUUUGCUGCCCAUGAGGUCGCCUAUAAAGUCAGAGUGGUCUGUGGUAAACAGGCUUUUUGCUUUUUCAGAUAGCCCUCUACUAUCUCAGCCACAUAUUUUCUUCUGCUCUAGACUUAUUCCAUGUAUUUCCACCAUCUUUAUUUUUUUAUUUCCACUCAGUUUUUUUUUAUAUUUUCACCAUGUACGCUUUUUGGUUGCUCCUUUCAUUUUUCUCCUUUGUGAAUGAAGCAAACAGGACCUGUCCAAGGACAGGCUUGUGCCUAUUUCAUUUGUUGCAUCUGCUUGGCCAUCAGAGAACAGUCCAUUCCUCUGUCAGAAUUCUGUCUGCACAUUGUGUUUCUACUGGAUGGGCAGCCGCCAAAAGGGUAACAGUAUGCACCUUUCUGCUUUACAUCAUGUCUUGAACAACUUUACUGCUCUUACUCAUCCAUAGCAGUACCUGCCCUGCUUGGCAUCUGAUAGUCUCGACCAGUAUUUAUGAAGUAAAUGAUGUAGCACUGGAAUAAUCAGGAGUAAUUAGCAAAUGUGUGCAUGUUAAAUACUGCUGAAGUUUGGUUUGGGGGUGCAGAAUACAAGUCUUGUGAAAGUUAGAGCACUCCUUUAGUGGAGACCAGAAAUCAAGGCCCACAUCACUGAGUGCCUUAAAUAUCCAGCACUGAGAAUAAAUAUGAAUGCAAUAGCAACAAAAUGAGGUUAUAAUUUAAA